AUGCGAGUCCGAAUAAACUUUGCAUGCGCAUUCGUCCUUGUCCUCCUCGGUGCUGCAUAUUUAGGUCUCGGUUCCACCCAGAUUCCUCAAGUCAAUGACAAAGUCCUCCAUUUCCUCACCUUCUUCCUCCUGACCACCGCCUUCUACUGGAUCCUCGAUACGACUAGGCGCAGGGUUCUCAACUUCACUCUCCUUGUCGUUACAUUUGGACUUGGCCUCGGUUCCGAAGCGCUGCAAGGCCUGCUUCCCAAUGGCCGGCAAUUCGAUCCCCUCGACAUUGCAGCCAACGUUGUCGGAUCACUCUUGGCCCUAGGACUGUGCACGCUGUAUCACAAGCGUAUGCUUGAUCGGAGGAGGAGAGCAAAGGGAUAUUCAACCGUACCUCAAGAUGGUGAGGGCGAGGAUCUAGAGCUGGGAGGACAAGAGACUGGGACAGUCGAGGAGGAUGCAAGAGAGAGUAGUCCAAAUGGCGAGGGAAGGCUGACACCUAGCAGUGGGGCAGAGGAGGGGAUCGAAGCGUCGAAAUGA